AUGGUGUCAAGACUGUUCCGCCCUUUCCAGGGGAGCAGCAGACGCAAUGAAGAAGAGGAUGAGAGGGAGCCUUUGACAAGUCCGGGCAGUCGCCAGUACUUGCGAGCGCCUGUCCGACAUGCCGUAGCUGACUUCACAGAGGCCGAUGACGACGAUGACGAAGAAGAUGAAGAAGAUUCCCGCAAUGGAGACCCUGAGCGCACACGUAACGAAGAGCAAGAAAACGAAGAUGGUUUUGUUCCUCGACGUGAUCUCCUGCCUUUGUUUGCCGCUUCUCAUUUAGAUUCAUUGCCCAUAUACAGCAUAACACACGCAAUUCGAAUAAUUGUGCAAGCGCGAACCGAAACCACGCUCACAUGGGAGCAGCUGAGAUCGCCCCAGGUGUCUCAGUUUCUCCUGAAGCCCAUGCAGAUCCAAAUACGAACACAACACUUCUCGAGAGCAACGCUGUAUGCGCUGAUGGCCAACUGUCUCAACUUCCAAAAGGAGGCGGUGCUCUUUCCAGGCAACGCCGGGGCAAACAAUACAAGAGCGAAGGUGUGCGAGCUGUUGGCCAUCAAGCUUCUGAAGGAGUAUACCACCCGCGAGUUGAUUGAUGCCCUCUCAUACGAUUUUUAUCCACUGCAGGGCCUGCCCGGCGUGCAGACACCGGCUGGGAAUCCGGGUCGGCCUAAGACGGCGGCAGCCAGAACAUCGACUCUCGAGGUCGCGAUCCGGGCCUCGGCAAAACACUUCCUUGCUCAUCCUCUUGUCGUGCAGCAGCUUGAAGCCAUCUGGAACGGUGCAAUAGUGUUUUAUUCGGCUGCAGAUAGCCUCCACCGAGCCACUUUGUCCCGGCAACGCAGUGAGGGCCGACAGAGAGAUCAGUCCGACGUCACGACUCCUCUCUUGGAGGCCCAACAACGUAGCAAAUGGAGCCAGCCCCAGUCUCCACCUCCAGAUGCCCUCAUUGGCGGCCACCGUACUGUGUCUUUGUACAACCCGAGAGAUGCCUCACUGUUCAAGCUCUCUCGACUUCGUGUCCCACGGUACAGACAUUUCUUGUCUACACUCUCCCUGGCGGUGCUCAUCGGCCUCUUCCUGGCUGUCUUGCACCAGCGGGCGACUCGCAUCUCAAGCUUGGAGCUUAUAUUUUGGUUUUGGAGCGCAGGCUUCAUGCUCGACGAGCUCGUGGGAUUCAACGAGCAGGGCUUUUCGCUCUACAUCAUGAGCUUUUGGAACAUAUUCGACCUGGGAAUUCUCCUCAUGCUCAUCUUGUACUAUGUGCUGCGACUUUACAGCGUCUUCUCUGUUGAUGCGACAAGACUAAACGACCUCGCUUACGAUGUACUUGCCGCCAACGGGAUUUUGCUACUUCCUAGGAUCUUCAGUGUGCUCGAUCACUACCAGUACUUCUCGCAACUUUUAAUAGCCUUCCGGCUCAUGGCUCUGGACCUUGCAGCAGUCUUGGUCCUUGUGCUAAUUUGUUGCAGUGGCUUUUUCGUCUUCUUCACCAUGUCUAAGAGCAAUGGGGACAAGGCCGAUAUCGCCUAUAGGAUCUUCCAAAUCUUGAUGGGCUUCACUCCAGCUGCUUGGGAUGUUUGGCCGCACUAUGACAUACUCGGGAAGAUGGUCAUAGGGCUCUUUCUGACGAUUUGUCACUUUGUAGUUGUAACAAUACUAAUCACGGUCUUGACCAAUUCAUUUAUGACCAUCGCAUCCAAUGCCAGGGAAGAGCAUCAGUUUUUGUUUGCUAUUAACACGAUAUCUAUGGUGAAGAAUGAUGCGCUUUUCUCUUACAUUGCACCAGGCAAUAUUCUUGCCUGGCUACUCACGCCGCUGAGAUUCGUCUUGCCCCUUCGGCAAUUUGUUUAUCUCAACCGAUUCGUCAUCAAGGUGACUCACUUUCCUCUGCUAUUCUGCAUAUACGCAUAUGAACGCUUCUUCUUGGCUCCCUCCAUGUAUGCCCCAACAGAUCUGGUGGAAAAUCCUGGUCGGGGUCAGCAGCGGGCCAUGUCGCUGGCAGACCCAGCGGGGAGGGGUGCACUUUUCAGUCCAAACGUGCGAGUUCGCGAAGAGUCCGUCGUUGGAUUCCAGAAGGAUCAUGCCUUGGAAGAGGUUUUCCGCAGAGCACCGGGUCUCACGACAUUGCGGACACAGAGGAGAAACGAACGGAGGAAGACACAGACUGCCAUCAGGCACUGGAUGGAUCAGAACGAAGGCUAUUCCGAGUCGCCCCAGGUAGGGAAUCUUUCAGCCAUGGGGAGCAACUUCGGGGGACCGGAGUGGCAGCGAAGAAUCAGUCUCAGUAGAGAUCGGCCACGGAGGUUCACAAACAUGCCAGACGUUCGGUCUGUCGCUAGCGAUCCAGCAGAUCUUAUAUCCAAUGCCCCGUACCCGAGCUUUGCCAAUCCUCGAUACGAGGUCAGGUCUAGGUUCGCACGAGCCGAGGCUGAGAUGAAAGACAACACAGACGCUGAAGGCGAUGGUGACGACGAGCUUGUCACCAACGAUGACGAAGACGAGGACGACAAGGCGACAAACACGGUCGACCCUGUGCGGCAAGCUUCGGCCGAGGUGUUUGACGAGGACUAUUUCACAACGCCAGUCACGGCACGUUUCGGGGUCCUAGCAGGCAGCUCUCCAGAACCACUCCGUGAACGCGGACCGACCUCUCCCAAGCCCCGUAGAGGGCUACAUAACCGGACUCUCUCUACCAAUACGAUCUUGUACAAUCCUCCGGUUCAAGCCUCGCCAGAAGCCGGUCCAUCUUCACUGGGCUCACAGGUUGCACGACCAACCAAGUCUCGCCCUGCAAGUAACCGACCAACCCCUGCAGUCACGCCCGGAGGUGCUUCAGAGCAUCGUUCACCGCGCCGUUCAAUCGUAUACCAUCCUUCCGCCCGCCCGCCUAGACCGAUCCCGCCCCCGAGAGACAUCCACACUGCACCAAACCGUGCAGGUCUGGGUCCGAGCCUCGACACGCACGCCCGGAGAGCGCAGCGUCGACUGUCAUCGUAUGACAUUGGCCUCGACGGGGAGUCGGAAAUGGCUUCGGCGUCAGCCAUAAUCCCAAACGCCGCAGACGAUGCGCUGGUCGGGGCCAUGCCGAGCAGCUUCGUGACCCAGAUGGCCAUGGCGACGGGCAUGCGGGAGAGGCAGCAGGCGGCGGUCAGCCGCGACAACAGCGAUCGCAUGAGUCGCCUGGUCCUCGCGCGCAUGAAGACGCUUGAGGAGGGCUUCGCCGACGUGAUCCGCGAAGUCAGGGUUCUGCAGCAGAGGUCCAGCGGCAACCCCAGCAUCCAAAACUCUGGCGAGGAAGACUACUGGAGGGCCAGUCCCAGGAGGGCAGGCAGCGGAUCUGGCCUCAUUGAAGUCGCCGGCCGGAACCGGGUGACGAGAUACUACUCUCGGGGGAACAGCGCCUCGGCCGCCCGCGCCAUCGCGGCGGCGCGCGAGCGUCCUGCCAGCCGCCUCAGCAUGAGAGAAGACAAGGUCGGGAUGCCGGCCGACGCAAAAGGAAAGGGCAAGGAGGUAAAGACGCCGGCCGAGUACGACGACACGGACGAUGAUGUGGGUUUCGACGACAGCUUUACUAAGAGAGGAAGCUCUCUAUGA